GUAGCGGCCAGUGCGCCUGCGCGGGCACCCCCACGUCGUCACCAUGUCGGGCUACCAGAAAGUAUUCAAUGGCCAGCACAACGAGCCACCACCGCAACCACAGUAUCACGGCUACAGCGACCUUGAGAUGACAACGGGCGGCAACAGCAAUUGGCACGUCACUGAACAUCUGCACCCGGCGCCCCAAGUCGCGUUCCCGGACAAUGCGCCGCCCGAGGUCGACACGUCAAACUUUGCCCCAGAGGCGACAUACCCGCCCUCCGCAGCCGGCACGCCCCCCUACUCAUAUUACAAACAUGGAAGGCAGGCUGAGCUAAUGCCGAAAGAGGAUGCGAACGAUAGGCUUGAGCCAAUACGAGGCAAUAAUGCCAGGACAUGUGGGAUGCCACGGAGGACGUUCUGGAUCGUGCUUGGCGUGCUGUUCGCAAUGGUGGCGAUAGGCGUGGGAGUGGGCGUGGGUGUCAGCAUGGCUAACAACAGCCAGCGAUCUGGCAGCGCCGGUAGCAAUGCCGGGGGUGUGCCGGACCCUGUGGACAACACACCGGCAGUCGACGCGGACCCGUCGGCUAUGUCGCCCAACACGAAGCUCGCGGCAACCAACAUCACCGACGGCUACGGCUUCGAGAGCCGAUUUCUGUUCUGGCAGGUCAACAGUGGCGCUAUUCGGAUGGGCUCGUACAACUCGUCAAUAGGGGAGUGGGUAGUUACGCCGAUCAGUGACGAUUUGAAGGUGGACGCGAGGGAUAUCGCGCCUGGAACGGCGAUCUCAGUGGCGGGUGCAUACAAGACAUCAACGUCCUUUGACAUACACCUCUGCUGGAUCUCCUCGGUCCAGAAAGUUAUGUGUUACCUCUGGCGCCCCGUGUCCACUAUCCCCGCCGACCUGCCAGGCACUUGGAACCGAGCGAGCCUUUCGGGUUUCUACACGGCGGCCAAUGGGACCAGCCUAGCAACAUACUCGCGCUUCUGCUCCUUCUGCGACUCGACACCGUUCGUCUUCUGGCAGGCUCCCGAGCUCGACGGGGGCGGAAUCCAGGGCACCUACCAUGACGGGACGGAGUGGAAGACCAUUGCCGACGUCACAGAGACCGACUCGAUCCCGGCCAAGCCGGGCACUCCUCUGUUCAUGCUGCCGGUCGGCAUCAGCAAAGCGCUCAACAGCCUCAACUUGUACUACAUCUCGGGCAGCAACAUCCCGACCACGGUGACCAACCUGCCGGCCAUCGACGCGCCGACCCGGUGGCGGCGCAACACCCUCGACGGCGGGCUGGCGAGCGACCGGCCGAGCUCGAUCGCCGCGUUCUCCACGCAGCCGCAGGACGACGGGCGGGCGGACGCCAACACCAAGGACGACUUUGCCAUGGUGGACGCGCAGGUGCUGAUCGCGGGGCGGGACGAGGGCGCUCUCGAUUCGGCCGUGCGGGUGCAGUUCUACAGCGGCGGGCGAUGGAACGCGCUGAGUGAUCCCGUGGCGGACCUGGCAGAGUGUGCGGCAAAGGGGGUGCUCGCUGCGAAUCCCCAGGGCAGGGUGUACUGCCUCGUCAGUGGGAAGGACAAGAACGGCCAGGAAAGCGCCCAAGUUGUCGAGUUCCAGGGCGGCAAGGAUGUGGGCAAGUUUACGAGACUGGGCGUCGUCAAGACUGACACGUGAGAUGUGAGUUGGGGGUUUAGACUGCAUUGAAGCGAU